UCUUCGAAUGACUACAAACUGAAAGGGGAAGUAGGAGGACGCGCUCUGUUUCUCGCUUUAUUGAGAUGUAGAGUGAGAGGCAGGUGAGGAGUUAGAGGUGAGAGAGAGAGAGACAGCGGGAUGGAGACACCUGGAGCUUCAACUCCAGCCGAGGAAGAGGAACCUCGCUCGUAGCGUUUGUGCUCUCAUUUGUGGACAAACGAACUGACGAUGCCCAUCGGAUCAUCAUCAUCAUCAUGAUAAGAAGAAGAGGAAGUUGGUGGUUGGUGGCGGUGGUGGUCUCCGAACGGGGGAAGAUGCUCGCGGCGGUGCUGGCGCUGUGCUGCUGUGCCAGAUUGGUGGCUGCGACACCAACAGAGUCUCCGUGUCUUCAUGGAUUCCACCACGUGGAAAAAACUGACCUUUGCUGUGAGCUGUGCAAGCCAGGGCAAUACUUGAUAAAUGAAUGCACGGAAAACAAAGGCCCCUCGACCUGUGGGGACUGUCCUAACGGAUUCUACACGGCCGUAGCAAACUACCUAUCAGGAUGUUUGAAAUGCAAGCCCUGUGAAAAAAAUGAGGAAAUUGUCCAGCCUUGCACCGGGAGCUCCAACACGCUGUGCCGAUGUAAAGACGGCUUCCACAAAGUAGACGAGUUCUGCACACGAGUUCCAAGCAAUGCAACGCAAACUCCGACCGGUGCACCCAGCGGAGGAGGCAAGACAGCGGGCAUUGUGUUGACCGUGGUUCUGCUGCUUCUGAUUGUCGCUGCUGGCGCUGCUGCGUUCAUCCACAAGAAGAAGGGUGGAAGAUUUCCAUGCGAAGGAGAGCCUGGUAACUAUAGUCAGCAAGAAUCGACUGCAUUGGGCCUGCUUAAUGAGGUUCGAGACAUGGACGAGUUGAAGGCUGCCAAGCUGAUCAAAGGGAAGAGGCCGGAACUGAAAAAGUGGAUUGGCAGGAACCCCACGUACCUGCUCGACUACUUGGAGAGCAAGGAGUUGAUCUCUCGCGACAUAUACAAUAAGGCCUGCGACAUCACGGUGAAAGAGGAGCGUGCCAACUUUUUGAUCAACGAGUUCAUCGACAGGGACGAGUGCCUCAAGCUCUGGAGGGCUCUCGAAAGCCUACAGGACAAGUACCCCCAGCUGAAGAAGUGGAUCUUGGCCUGUGCGUCGACCACACAUCACGAUUGUGACGGGAAGCCUGGUCACUCUAAUCAGCCCGACUCGACUGCAUUGGAUCAAGAUGAACAACAAAUCAUGCAGAUUUAUUCCAAACGACAUACUCGUGUCCCUGUAAUUACUGACGAGGAGCUGCUGCAGGUCCACGAGACUCUGCGGUCCAACGACGUCAUCUCGGACUUCCCGCACGUGAUGAGGCUUGCGGGCCUGGCGGAUUCCUUAAUCGGGGAGGCGAGUGAGAACCACGGACGGAACGUGAACGAGAGGAACUACGCCAUGCUGAAGCACUGGAGGGAGAGCCUGGGCCAGCGGGCCACCUACGGCAGGCUGGCUGAGGCCCUGGACAAGGCCAGCUUUAGUAGAACGGCAGGGAGAGUCAUGGCGCUGUGCGGCAGCUUCGCUAGGCGGGAGGAAGAGUGGCGGGAGGAGGAGGUGUAGAAGGAGGUGCAGGACAUACAUAGAGACUUGUAGAGAUGCAACAGUAAGAAGUGGAGGAGGAGCAGGAGUAGGAGAAGUUGGUGGUGGAGGUCUUCGUCUUUUAGUUUUUCUCGGUACGCGUCAUUGCCAUUCGUUUUUCAUUUGGAGCUUCAACUCGGCCCAUGCAAGCGUCAUACUAUGAUAACUGCACAGGGUAAUGCUAAGGGAGCCCCCGAUUAAUUUUCGCUGCUGCUGCUGAUGAUGGUGGUGAUGAUGAUGGUGGUGAUGGUGGUGAUGAUGAUGAUGGUGGUGGUGGUGAU